AUGGGGAACCUGGAGCGAAUGUCCCGUGACAUGUGGUGGUGGAAAGGAACGAAGAGAAAGAGUCUGUACCAACCCACCCCCGAAACAUGGAGGAAGCAUCUGUUUGAUGGCAAAUGGUCACCGUGGACGAGCUGGAGUCUGUGUUCUAAUCACUGUGGUAAAGGUUCGCAGAAUCGAGACAGGUCAUGUGACAGUCCAGCACCCGAUCACGGAGGGGCGGAAUGUAAAGGAAAUGACACUGAAGAAAGAGAAUGUGUUGGUUGUCCAUUUGAUGGGAACUGGGGAAUUUGGGCAGAGUGGACCGAUUGUUGCGUGAACAAAAGAUCUCGUUCAAGAACCUGCGACAACCCAACACCAGAACAUGGCGGUUCAGACUGUGGGCAGUGGUCAACAGGAGGAAAACCCGAUCCUAUCUGGUCAACGUGGAGCACGUGUCCAGUCACGUGUAGUGGUGGAGAGAUGCGCAGAUCACGCUUCUGUAAUUUGACACCAGAUGAAGCGAUCAGAUACCAAUGUUUCAACAAAGACAAUGAAACAGAAAAGUGUUCCAUGCAGCCUUGCCCUGCUGGGCAGAGUUUGACUGACUGGUCUGUAUGGGGAUCGUGUUCCAUGCCGUGUGGGGACGGGAACCAAACACGAUUUAGGAACUGUGGUCUGUCGGACAGUGAAGUUGUGUGUGAUUUCAGAGACGUGGAUAUUCAAACAUGCAGCCAGGCACCUUGCCCAAGUAUGUAG